UGGGUUGGGGGUAUCCGAGCCGGGAUUGGGGGGAGCGGACCCCACGUGCCUGUGACGCGGGGGAGGCCGGUAGGCGGCGGCGGCGGCGGCGGCGACACGGGGCCGGCGGCUGUGCGGUGCCUGGAGGGGUGCUAGGCAGGCGGCAGGAUGCUGCGCGCCGCACUGCCGCUGCUCGGGCUGCCCCUGGCGGGGGCAGGAGCAACCGAAGAGCCCACCCAGGAGCCAGGGUCGCCGGGUGAGCCUCCCCCAGGGUUGGCGCUCUUCCGCUGGCAGUGGCACGAGGUGGAGGCGCCCUACUUGGUAGCCCUCUGGAUCCUGGUGGCCAGCCUGGCUAAAAUCGUGUUUCACUUGUCUCGGAAGGUGACGUCUCUGGUCCCCGAGAGCUGUCUGCUGAUUUUGCUGGGACUGGCACUGGGGGGCAUUGUCUUGGCUGUGGCCAAGAAAGCGGAGUACCAGCUGGAGCCAGGCACCUUCUUCCUCUUCUUGUUGCCUCCUAUUGUGCUGGACUCAGGCUAUUUCAUGCCCAGCCGGCUGUUCUUUGACAAUUUGGGUGCCAUCCUCACCUAUGCCGUGGUGGGCACACUCUGGAAUGCCUUCACAACAGGUGCUGCCCUCUGGGGCCUACAGCAGGCUGGACUUGUGGCCCCCAGAGUGCAGGCUGGCUUGCUGGACUUCCUGCUGUUCGGGAGCCUCAUCUCAGCAGUGGAUCCUGUGGCUGUGCUGGCUGUCUUUGAGGAGGUGCACGUCAACGAGACCCUCUUUAUCAUCGUCUUUGGCGAGUCCCUGCUCAACGAUGCAGUCACCGUGGUGCUGUACAAGGUCUGCAACUCUUUUGUGGAGAUGGGCUCUGCCAACGUGCGGGCCACUGACUACCUGAAGGGAGUCGCCUCCUUGUUUGUGGUCAGUCUGGGCGGGGCAGCCGUGGGCUUAGUCUUUGCCUUCCUCCUGGCCCUGACCACACGCUUCACCAAGCGGGUCCGCAUCAUCGAGCCGCUGCUGGUCUUCCUCCUCGCCUAUGCAGCCUACCUUACCGCUGAAAUGGCCUCGCUCUCUGCCAUUCUUGCGGCGACUAUGUGUGGCCUGGGCUGUAAGAAGUAUGUGGAGGCUAACAUCUCCCAUAAGUCCCGCACAGCUGUCAAGUACACCAUGAAGACUCUAGCCAGCUGCGCGGAGACCGUCAUCUUCAUGCUGCUCGGCAUCUCGGCUGUGGACUCUUCCAAGUGGGCCUGGGACUCUGGGCUGGUGCUGGGCACCCUCUUCUUCAUCCUGUUCUUCCGAGCCCUCGGCGUAGUCCUGCAGACGUGGGUGCUGAAUCAGUUCCGGCUGGUCCCUCUGGACAAGAUUGACCAGGUGGUGAUGUCCUAUGGGGGCCUGCGGGGGGCUGUGGCCUUCGCUCUCGUCAUCCUCCUGGACAGGACCAAGGUCCCUGCCAAGGACUACUUUGUAGCCACCACGAUUGUGGUGGUCUUCUUCACAGUCAUCGUGCAGGGCCUGACCAUCAAGCCACUGGUCAAGUGGCUGAAGGUGAAGAGGAGUGAGCAUCACAAACCCACCCUGAACCAGGAGCUGCAUGAGCACACUUUUGACCACAUUCUGGCUGCAGUGGAGGACGUUGUGGGGCACCAUGGCUAUCACUACUGGAGGGACAGGUGGGAGCAGUUUGAUAAGAAGUACCUGAGUCAACUGUUGAUGCGGCGCUCAGCCUACCGCAUCCGGGACCAGAUCUGGGAUGUGUAUUACAGACUCAACAUCCGGGACGCCAUCAGCUUUGUGGAUCAGGGAGGCCACGUCUUGUCCUCCUCUGGGCUCACUCUGCCCUCCAUGCCCAGCCGCAAUUCCGUGGCAGAGACCUCCGUCACCAACCUGCUGAGGGAGAGUGGCAGUGGAGCGUGUCUGGAUCUGCAGGUGAUUGACACGGUGCGCAGUGGCCGGGACCGGGAGGACACGGCAAUGCACCACCUGCUCUGUGGAGGCCUCUACAAGCCGCGCCGCAGGUACAAAGCCAGCUGCAGCCGCCACUUCAUCUCUGAGGACGCGCAGGAGCGCCAGGACAAGGAAGUCUUCCAGCAGAACAUGAAGCGGCGGCUGGAGUCCUUUAAGUCCACCAAGCACAACAUCUGCUUCACCAAGAGCAAACCACGACCUCGCAAGGCUGGCCGCAAGAAGAAGGAUGGCGUGACUAACACUGAGGCUACAAAUGGGAAACCUCCUCGAGACCUGGGCUUCCAUGACACAGCUGCCGUGAUCUUAACCGUGGAGUCUGAGGAGGAGGAGGACAGUGACAGUUCGGAGACAGAGAAGGAGGAUGACGAGGGGAUCAUCUUUGUGGCUCGGGCCACCAGUGAGGUCCUCCAAGAGGGCAAGGUCUCAGGGAGCCUUGAGGUGUGCCCCAGCCCACGCAUCAUCCCCCCAUCCCCAACCUGUGCGGAGAAGGAGCUGCCCUGGAAGAGUGGGCAGGGGGACCUGGCCGUCUACGUGUCCUCAGAAACCACCAAGAUUGUGCCCGUGGACAUGCAGACAGGCUGGAACCAGAGCAUCUCGUCCCUGGAGAGCUUGGCAUCCCCACCGUGUACUCAGGCCCCAACCAUGACCCGCCUGCCUCCCCGCCCACGGGCCCCGGAAGAGCCCCAGGCCCCUCUCAAGCUGCCCCUCUCCUCUGAUCCUCGCUCUUGCUUUGCUUUCCCCCCGAGCCUGGCCAAGGCGGGUCGUUCUCGCAGUGAGAGCAGCGCUGACAUCCCCCGGCAGCAGGAGCUGCAGCCCCUCAUGGGACAAGAGGACCACACCCAUCUCAGCCCCGGCACCGCCAACUCCCACUGGUGCAUCCACUUCAACAAAGGUGGCCGGCUGUAGCCCAGAGACUCGGGGAGGAGCAGGGGGCUGGGGCCCCCAUGGAAGUCUUCCCUGCACAAUGGGCAGAGGAGCCCACUCAACCGGACAUGGGGUUAGAGGGGCCUAGACUGAAGUAGCAGCUGGGCUCCCUUGGGGUGGGUCAGAAGGGUCUCCUGGGCUGGUCCUCACAGGAACCCUUUUCACCACCCUCCUUACUCCUAAACUCCUGCCACCUUCCCUUUCAAUAAGGCCCUAACUCUGGUUCAAGACCCAGUCCAGACGUUUUAGAGGCAAGGCCCAGAGACAAGGGGAGCUCAUGCCCCUUCCCCAGCGGGUCCUCCUGGGGAGCAGUUCCUGUCCCCCAAGCAAGGGCAUCUCUCCUCAGCUGACACUGGGCUGACCCGCACUCCACCCUGCCCCAGCGUCAGCUCAAGGACAGUACCCUGGCAGUGAGGCUCCACGAGGGGCUGGUCCUCAGAGGGACUGGGCUGGGAGGUGCAGCAGGCUUUGCUACCCUGUUGUCUCAGCUACCCAUAGCCAGUUGGUUUGGGGCAGUGGGAAUCUGUCUCCACUCCUUGCUUUAUCUUCUCCCCUUUGCUGCCAGUCUCGGGGCAAUAGUUACUCCAUUUCCAGGACUGAGGCCACAGGGUUGGGCCAGGCUUCGGGUCACGGCUGCUUCCUAGCUGGCAUCACUCUGGGGAUCUGCUGCUCUGCACCUGGCUUUGGACCUUUCAGAUCCUUGGGUCUGAGAUUUGUGAGGAGGGGAGAUGGUGGCCUCUGGCCUCCCACACUGUCUCAUUUUUUCCUGAACAGGAAAGGAGCUAGGUAUCUCAGGAUCACUGCUCCACUGCUCUGGGGCUGAGAGGCCUGACUACAAUGGAAAGGGGGCUGACUGGGUGGCAGGUGACUUUCCUGGGGUUAGCACCUGCCCUGAAUUGUGUACCUUGAACCUAAGAUACAUUAAACAUCUCUCAGAUGGA